AUGGGUGUUCUUAGUUCGUUGUCGCUCCUCAACUACGUGGAGAUCGCCGGUAUAGGCGCUGUUCUAUACACCAUCGGCCUAGUGAUCUCACGUCUGUGGUUGAGUCCGAUUUCAUCUUUCCCAGGGCCACUGCUCGCUCGCACCACUUUUUGGUAUGAGUUCUACUACGAUUGGGUCAAGGCCGGACAAUUUUAUAUGCAGAUUGAGCAUAUGCAUCGACAAUAUGGUCCGGUCGUACGCAUCACGCCUACCGAGAUUCAUGUCCGUGAUCCUACAUUUUACCAUGAGCUCUUCGUCACAGGUGCUGUCCGAGAGACAGACGCCUACCCAAGGUUUGCAGAAGGGACUGGUUUCGAAGAUAUGGUCGCCGUUUCUACCACCCACGAGAUGCAUCGCGCAACCCGAGCUCCCCUGAAUCCCUUUUUCUCGGUGGCCGGAAUCACUCGUGUGGAGGGCCGGGUUGUUCAACGCGUAAAGAAGUUACGUGCCCGGUUAGAAGAAUAUGUGAUUACCGGCAAACCAGCCAACAUGACCCAUGCGUUUGGCUCAAUGAUGACGGAUAUUGUUUCAUGCAUGCUGUUCGACGAACCUAGCAAUUACCUUAACGAUCCUACGUUUAAUGCCGACUGGUUUGAGCUACUGAAGAAAGGCUCUGCGACAAUUUCUCUGCUGGCGCAUUUGCCGUGGAUUGCGAAGGUUUUGGUAAUGCCAGUCGUUCGGACCAUCUCCGAACGAGUGACAAAAUGGAGGAUCUGGGAUGAUAAAGCGCGCCGGCAGAUCAUCAAGGCCAAACUUCGGCCAGCAGAUGAAUCCAAAAAUCGGAGUGAUACUACGCUCUUUGACCACCUCGUCCACAGCGAGCUGGUGGAGUCGAUCUUCGGUAAUGGUGGAUUUGCUCGUUUAUCGCAGGUAGGAGAGUCGGCCGCACGAUGA